UCGACGUAUACCAAAUUUAUUACUCUUUCCUUGGGCAGUCGGACUGAUCAUAUUGUAUUGAUGAAGGAGGGGGGAUUAACAGAUAUAACAUAGAUAGAAAAUGAAAGAAAAACGGGGAACAAGCGGGAAAGUCGUCCAAGUCAUUAGCUAUCAGGUUAGUAUGUUUUUCCGUGGGGAUCGUUCGAGCCCGAAUUCCGCCAUUUUUAAUCUAUAUCACGGCAGAAUUUGGAAUUGUAAUCGAGCAAAAAUAAACGAAAAAGAUGCACUCUACUGUUGUUCUGGUUGUUGUAAAGAUUAAUUUAUUUUAUUUUUUCGCACAUAUGUGAAGGCGAAGAGUUGAAACUUGUGGGUUCUAUUUAGGCUUUUGUAUUCAUUUUUUUCCUAAGUUAUUUUCUUGGUUGUUAGUCGGGAAAGAUGAAUGUGGUCGGUAAGGUUGGGAGCCUCAUAUCACAAGGUGUUUACUCCGUUGCCACCCCAUUCCAUCCUUUCGGCGGGGCUGUUGAUGUUAUUGUCGUCGAGCAGCAGGAUGGAACCUACCGGAGCACGCCUUGGUAUGUUCGCUUUGGUAAAUUCCAAGGUGUUCUUAAAGGUGCCGAGAAGAUUGUUCGCGUCUCUGUAAAUGGUACUGAAGCCGGUUUCCAUAUGUUUCUUGAUAACUCGGGUGAGGCUUAUUUCAUAAGAGAGGUGGUGUCAGGCAAAGAUAACAAAACCGAAGAUUCUGUUAAGGAUUCUGAAGCUACACCACUGGAUAAGAACAAUAAUGACAAUGGAGGCAUGAAUGAUGAUAAUAACAAUGACAAUACUAGUAUUUUUCUGAAUCAGAGCACUGUAUCCAUUGCUGAGGAGGUAGCACAAUUUUCUGUUGAAUCUGUUUCGUCAAACUUGGACCAAAUUGACAGUAUUGAAUCUGAUAAUGAGAAGCAUUCGUAUGAACCCCAAGACGAGGAAUCUCCUGGAAGGGGUUCUGUUGAGUCAUCUGGUUACGGAGCUUACAGCUAUGAGAGCUUAGAUCAUGUGGAAGACGUAGUGGAGUCUCAGGGUUCUGACUCAGAAGUAGUCUUGGUGAGUGUUGAUGGUCACGUGCUGACAGCUCCUAUCUCAUCAGAAGAGGCCAUGGAUAAUGAUAAUGUGCAAUUAAGUACACCACAGUUCCAUCUUGGUCCAGGUGAAGGGUCUGACUUCAAUGGAAGUAAUGAAGAUUUUGGUACCAGUGACGAUGCAUGGUCUGUACCUAACACUGCAUCAGAAGGCAACUCUCCUUUUUGUGAUAAUGGUAAUGCUCAUGGAAUUUUAGCAGAAGUUUGUGAAGAUUCUACAGUAGAUGUAAUCACAACUCAAGAAACUUAUCAUAUUGAUAGCAUUGAAGGAGAUGAAGUUGGUGGGAUCAGUAGGAAGGAUAUUUUCAGCAGCCACUUGAAACUUUCAAGAUUAACCUUACGUAUUGGAGGUGUUGAUUCACAAGGUGCAGGUUCUCCUGGCAUGGAAUUGAUGACAAAAAAGGGCUCUGAAGAUUUGGAAGAGAAUAGUCUUUCCAGUCGUUCAGCAGAAGAGCAGAGUGAAGUCACCGGUGAUCUUAAAUUUGAGAAUGGUGCUGAGUUCUUUUCUCCUAGCUCAGAUUUUCUCAACAACAUGAAAUCUAGAAUUUUAAGCAUCGACAUUGAGGCUUCCAAGGACAAUCCCGAAAUUGAAAGUUCAGAUGGCAUGGCUGUCCAAUCUUUAAAUUGUGAUCCCAGGAGGAAAGAUGAAAAGUUUGGUUUUGCAGGAGAAGAUCAAAGUACACAAAAUGGCCUUGGAAGAUCUGAACCCGAAGAAGUGUGCAAUAGAAGGAAGAUAGCACAACAUCAGAUGGAAACAGGUAGUUCUGAACCUUCAGCUGAAGGGAUAACGUCUGGUUCAGGCAUGGGAUUUGAGAUCUCUCUAUGUGGGAAUUUACUUCGUGCUGGUAUGGGGUUGGGUCCUGCUGGUGAAGUUUUUGAUGCACAUCGCAUAUCUGAGGAAGAAUUUAAAGCUUCUUCAGCAUCAAUCAUUAAGAAUGGAAACCUUGUUAUCAGAUAUAAAGAUAGAUACUUACCAUGGGAUAAAGCUGCUCCUCUGAUUGUUGGAAUGACUACAUUUGGUUUAGAUUUACCUAUUUCUUCCAAAGAUACAAUUCCUGUGGAACUGGAGGAGGCACUGAAUCCCAGGGAUGAGGCACCUGGAACCAUGUCCACCUCUUCUAGCCGUAGGUGGAGGCUCUGGCCAAUUCCAUUUAGAAGGGUUAAAACCCUCCAGCAUACAAACAGUACCUUAUCAAAUGAAGACAUAUUUGUUGAUUCAGAGUCAGGUUUGCAAAAUGCACUUGUGGAGCCUAGCCAAACAUUCAGUGGUGACUGUGAGUCUCCUCACAAGCAGUUAAUAAGGACAAAUGUUCCCACUAUUGAACAGAUUGCCUCCUUGAAUCUGAAAGAAGGUCAAAAUAUGAUAACCUUCAGUUUCUCUACCAGAGUUCUAGGAACCCAGCAGGUUGAUGCCCAUAUUUACCUAUGGAAGUGGAAUGCAAAAAUAGUUAUCUCUGAUGUUGAUGGGACGAUUACCAGGUCAGACGUCCUGGGCCAGUUCAUGCCUUUAGUGGGUAAGGAUUGGACACAGUCAGGGGUAGCACGACUUUUCUCUGCCAUUAAGUUCUUUGUAAACCCACACUAGUCCUACAACUAGUGGAGCUGGUGGUUCAUGCAUAGGACUUUUGUCUUGCAGGGUUCCUAAACAAUAGCAAAAACAACUUGGUUCGUUUCUUCUUUUUAGCAGUUGCAUAUAUUUAAUCCACUUUUUUUUGGGAAAAGAUCACUAGUGAACUUUUUAGUGAUUUUUAAUCAUUAAAAGUUCCAUGAGAACUGUAUUAAUAAUGAGGAAAAAUAAAACAGAAUAUUAUUAAGUAGGAUUCUGUAAUUGGAGUCCACUCCUUCAUGUCAACUAGCUGGGGCCAACAUUGGGUAAUGGCCUUUUGGGGUGUUUGUGGUUAUGGACUUAGGGGAUUGAAAACCAGUCCAACUAAUUAAAUUGGUGGACCAGUCAAUGCAUACCGUUGAACCACUGAUUGAACUUAAAUUGUUAUUUUAAUUUCUUAUGACAGUAGAUACCAACAGGUAACAGGUUAACCUUGAUCACCUCCUGCUGACAGGGUUGGACUUACUUGCCUCAUUGCCAGUUCAAAUAUAACAUUAAUGAAUUCUUUUCUGAUAGGUUUGAUUAUUAGGAUCAUCCAAUUGGAUUACUCUUUCCCAACCUCUCAUUGAGACAGAUCUCUUAUUUAUCUGCUUAGGUUUGACAGUUCUCUGUAGGGAAGAGAGAAGCCCUCUUCCCAGAUUCUUUGUUUUGAUAUUAAUAUAUACAUGAGCUUUUCUAGCUAUCUGGAAAGUUUGGCUUCUUUUAAGUUUGAUGUAUUUUCUCUUUUACAUCAGACAGUCUAGGUAUAGUAAGAACAUAACAUAUU